UAUUUCCAGUCGGAGCUCGUUUUUUUUUGUUCACAGUUGUUUUGAACCCACUAAAGUCGGAAGUCGUAGAUUUCCUAGUUCCCAGUUACGAGUUCCCGGUAGAUUUGAACGCGGCAUAAAUACGCGAGGAAUUUCUGCUGCCUUGCUUGACCACACCCUCCUUCCUUGCUCCGGGCCUGCCCUGCCUCUUCCACCAAUCCAAUUGUUUCUUAUGGACAGAAAAGAGCAGAGGCUCUGAGCUGUCCGAUCAGGUCCAUUGUCUGCCCGUCCGUCAUUAGCAGCCUCAACACGCCCGUGCGUUUUUUUCCCACUAAACUCAGACUACCCUUUUAGUUCUAUCAUCUCCCGUCACUGCGUGAAGCUCCUCCCGGAAAAUAGAGAGAGACACUGUUAUGAGGAGAAAAACAGCUAAAUAAUCACCUGGAUUCUUUCAUAUCAAGAUGAUGUGGAGUCUUUGGAUCCUGCUGGGCACUGUUCUCAGUGUGGAUGGCUACGUGGUGCCCGACCUGCACAAGCGUCUGUCCCACGGGCAUCAGCUGAAGAUCUACCUCCCGAAGAGCGCUGAGAAGCUGGAGUUCACCCCCGCUGCAGAGCCCCUGAAGACGUACCUGUACUGGGACCGUGGAUCCCGGGCCACCAGAGGAAAGGUGUCUGGGACAGGAACCGACAGGAGCUGGUAUCUGGACAAAGUGACUUACAAGGACCAGGGGACCUAUGUCCAGAGAGACUACUGGAACAAGGAGAUCUCCUCGCUCAAAGUGGCUGUGACCACCAGGCGUGUGUACACGAAGUGCGUGGUGGGCGAGGAACUCCACAUCUCAUUGGAGGGCAUCAACCAGGCCGACGCCACGCUCUCCUUCUCGGGCGCCAACGUCAACGUCACCCUGGUGCAUGAUGGGGCAGUGGUGGCCCAGGACCUCCCGGACUAUUGGAACCGGGUCAAGACCCUUUCCACCAAGAUCAGCAUCCAGAACGUCAACACCUCGGACGUGGGCUACUACAUGCUGAAGGACACGCGAGACCGGGUGGUCGCCAUCGUCAGGAUGGAACUCACAGACAAACAUGAGAGUGAAGCAGGCAACCCCCUCAUGGCCCUCCUCCUCCUGCUUGGUAUCCCCGCCAGUAUCUGUUUCUGUUGCCGGAAGAGGAUCUUCAAGAACAAAUCCCCCGACACCACCGCCAUCCAACUGGACAACCCCGAGACUCUGCACCCCCCUCCCGGCUACAACAUGCCCGGAGGAGGGGUGUCCCCUGGACCUGGUGUGCCGACGUUCUAUCAUGGCCCAGGUCCAGAUCCUAACAUGGGAGGUUACCCUCAGGUUUACCCUCCCCCCAACCCUGGGAUGCCAGACCAGCCUCAAUGGACCGGACCCCCACCUCAACCAUGCUUCAACUCAGGCUACCCCUCCCAGGACCCUUUGUACCCCCCUGCCCAGCCCCCACAGUGGACUGGCCCACCACCCAACCAGCCACAGUACAACCCUGGUGCUCCUCCGAUGGGGUAUGCGCCGGUGAUGUACAGUGCCCCCUCAGGGAAGGAGGAGAUAAAGAUGGAGAACAUGUCUCCUGCUGAUCCCCUCCUUGCCCAUCCACCACCCCAGGUCCCCCCGCCCACCUCUGAAGCUCUGCACUCCGCAGACGGAGCCUUCCAGUUCAACAUCGACACAGGAAAAAACGCCCCCACCAACUUCCUGUAGAACGCCUGUCAUCGGUCCAAUCAGGAGCGGCCUUAGUAAUGUUGCCACGGCUCCCGAAUACGGUUCAAUGGCUUCCUUUGCUCAUCUCCUUGACUGUGACCACUUCUAUAAAUGGGGAGAGAUAGCAGAGGAAGCAGUAUGUCGUAGAUGUAACUGUGACCUAGACAUUGCCCCUCAAAUCACCUAUCUAUCCUUUUCUGGUGAGUGUUAUACUGUUUUCUGACAUUAUACUGUUUUCUGACAUAAGACGGUCCCCAUACAUUUAUACAUUUAUACAUUUAAAAAUGCAUAUUUAGGUUACCCCCGUUAAACCAUGGGGCCCGUUUGCGAUUCAAACUAGGGAGGUGUUAAACAAUGGAAGUGUUAAUGAAUUUCCCUGCAAAAAGACAGAUCUAUUCUCACAGAUACCGUUUUUCUUUUUGGUUACAGGGUCUGUGAAAAAACAGGUUUCAUUACUAGCUCUCUUUUUUUAAAUGUACCCAUGUUUUUUUUUUUUUUACUCCCUACACCUUUCACGUAUACAAAAACGAAAGUAACCAAAUUUAAAAGUUUUUUUUUUUUUUUUUUGUCUCUGUGUAAAUGGGAUAUUAGUGAAGGAAAGGAGAUCAUUUAAAAUGACUAUUUCCUGUAUAGCUGUGAUGAAGUCAGUCAAAAUGUCUGGGUGGGGGGGAAAACAUGUCAAACUGAAUCAGAGGCCAUGAUCCCCACCCUUCUCCAGAAGUGUGCACUGAUCCACUCCCUCUAAUGCAUUUAAGCAUUGGAUUGGUGCAAAAAAUUGUCUUGAGGGAGUUUCCACCAUAUUCCCAGUCCAUUUAUUUUUAGAAGGGGAGUGUACAAGAGAAUUGGAAUGUAGCCAGUGUGUAGCCCAUAGAGAAUGAUAUAGAGGCCUCUAGUGGCCAAAAGGCAGUAUUGGCAUGGGCAGCGCCAUUGAGGGCUUCCACCAAUUUAAUGUAUGGCAUCUAUCAAACACUGGUUGUGUUCCCCUGCGGAGACGCUGCAUGCAUCAACCAAUGGUUGCGUGCCACGUCAUUGGCUGUGCAGUCGUGCACAGUCGAACAUGUGGUUAGCUGAUACGUAAAAUAGCUAUCCAAGAGUUGUAAGAUCUGGCAUUCGUCAGCCAUGUCUGAGGAGAGGAACACAACCGAUAACUGCCUUUCAGGGUUCUACUGGAACCAAAAAUAGGGACAGCCGAAGAACCUUUUUGGAAAUGUUUUUUUUAAGUGUAUCAGAACCCACAUCACUCCUAAUCAUACAUUCAGAAGGUGCUAGGACAACUCAUCAUCCACUCGGUAGACCAAGCAAAGCUCUCCGCCAGUCAGGUAGCCACUUCCUGUUGUGUAUAUUUAAAGUGUGUAUGUGUGUGUAUAUCCUAUCUAUCUAUAUAUGCAAAUACGAUCAGAAAUGCCUUUACUUCCCAAAGUAUAGCCAUUUUUCAUUAUAUGCAUGGUGUAUCAUUUUAGUUCUACAUAUGAAACUGCUGUCAUUUCAACAGGGUGGGCAUGUAGCGUCAAAUAACUUAUUAAUACACUGGGAGGGCGCUAUUUUAUUAAGAUGUUAUACAUUGUCUGCAUCCCCCUUAAAAGUAGUGUACUAUAGGGUGCCAUUUGCAACACAUAUCAUCUUGGUUUAAAAGGCUCAUUUUGGUAUUUAAACAUAAAAUCCUAUUCGUCUCUUAAAUAAUGAAGCACUCCUGAAGGUUUUACAGACAGUUUGAGCGGAUCACUUUUGUUAAGUUGGUGGCCACCACCUUUCAAAGUGUGAUCCCAUUAUGGGGAUAAAAAUGAUCCCACUUGUGCCUACAUGUCAACUGCAUGAACUUUGCAAAAAAAAGGUCAUGAAGUUUUGACUGCAAGUUUCUGCAGUUGCUCUUCACCAACUUCCUCCUGCAGCCAUCACCUGCAUUGUGGGAGGCUCUAUUGUCAACCAAUCACUAGGAUGUUUUUGUUUG